ACCGGCUUCACCUUCGCCUUGGCCGGGCCCCGAGACCCCGCCCCCCGCUUCAGGACCGUUGGCACCGGGCUAACGGUUCCACCACGUCAGCCGCCCUGGAUGCCCGCGGCCUGCCCCAGGCAGCCUGGCCCCUCCCUGCCUGUCCUGCGCCGCCCCACCAGCAUGGGCAGCCUCGCCCAGAGAGAAGAUCUCCAAGAUGAUGAGGACAAGAACUCAGCAUUCACCUGGGAGGUCCAGGCCAAUAACCGCGCCUACAACGCGCAGUUCAAGGAGAAGGUGUUCCUGUGCUGGCGGAGGAAGAAAUACAAGACCAACGUCAUCCGCACGGCCAAGUACAACUUCUUCUCGUUCCUGCCGCUGAACCUGUAUGAGCAGCUCCACCGGGUGUCCAACCUGUACUUCCUCCUCAUCAUCAUCCUGCAGAGCAUUCCUGACAUCUCCACGCUGCCCUGGUUCUCGCUCGGCGCCCCCAUGGUCUGCCUCCUCUUCAUCCGUGCCACCCGGGACCUGGUGGACGACAUCGGGAGACACAAGAGUGACAGAGCCAUCAACAACAGACCCUGCCAGAUUCUAAUGGGGAAGAGCUUCAAGCGGAAGAAAUGGCAGAAUCUGUGCGUAGGGGAUGUGGUCUGUCUCCACAAGGACAACAUCGUCCCGGCUGACAUGCUCUUGCUGGCCAGCACGGAGCCCAGCAGCCUGUGCUACGUGGAGACGGUGGACAUUGACGGGGAGACCAACUUGAAGUUCAGACAGGCCCUGAUGGUCACCCACAAAGAACUGACCUCUGUAAAGAAGAUGGCGUCCUUUCAAGGUGAGCGGCAUUGA